UAGAAAGUAAGAUCAAAACGAAAUUGCUUCUUCCUUCUAUUGAAAUAUUGCAGGUCCAUGUUGGUUAUUGCUUUACAUAUAUGAGCAAUAGUUAAAUCCGAUCCUAGCAAGCAAAGCAUCACUUGGUGUAAAAUCAUUCGAGGUCGGUAAUUGCUUUACAGUGAUAUUUUCAUUUUGGGUCAAAGAUAAGUUACCUUUUGCUGUGAUUUUCAAGAUUGCAUAGACAAAGAGCGAUACAGACUUUGUAGUUUGUACCAACUGAAUGGAACAUUCUUCUUCCAGAGCUUCUCAAAUAAAAUAUGUUGUUUUUCUAUGUCUCUUGUUGAAGGGUGUAGCAUCACAGGAAAUGUCAGAUAACGUUCCCCAAAUAAAAUAUGAUGUUUUUGUUAGCUUUAGGGGCGAGGACAUUCGUGACGGUUUUCUUGCUCAUUUGACGGAGGCUUUUCAUCAAAAGCAAAUAUCUGCCUUUGUAGAUGAUAAACUUGAGAAGGGAGAUGAAAUAUGGCCAUCUCUUGUUUCAGCAAUUCAAGGAUCAUUGAUUUCGUUGAUCGUAUUCUCUGGAAACUAUUCCUCUUCACGUUGGUGUUUGGAAGAACUUGUGAAAAUACUUGAGUGCAGGGAGAAAUAUGGACAGAUUGUAAUACCUAUUUUCUACCAUGUAUAUCCUACAGAUGUACGGCAUCAAAAGGGGAGUUAUGAAAAUGCACUUGUUGAACAUGAAAAAAGAUAUAAUUCGACAAUGGUUCAAAGCUGGAGACAUGCAUUGAAGAAAGCUGCUGAUUUAUCAGGACUAAAGUCAUUUGAUUACAAGGCUGAAGUUAAGUUUCUUGGAGAAAUCAUCAACAUUGUCAAUCUUAUGUUGAUGAGGUUAGAUAAGAAUCCACUUAACUCAAAAAGAUUUAUAGGAAUCAACAGGUCAAUUCAAUGUUUAGAAUCAAUGUUACAUCAUGAGUCAGAAAAUGCUCGUGUUAUUGGAAUUUGGGGUAUGGCCGGUAUUGGAAAAACAACCAUUGCAGAAGAAAUAUUUAGCAGACUAUAUUCUGAAUAUGAUAGUUAUUAUUUUUUGGAAAAUAUAAUGGAAGAAUCAAGAAGACAAGGAACAAUUUCUUUGAAGGAGAACCUUUUUUCUGCACUACUAGGAGAAGAUGUGAAAAUUAACACAGCAAAAGGAUUGCCAAAUUAUAUUAAGAGAAGAAUUGGUCGUAUGAAGGUUCUAAUUGUUCUUGAUGAUGUGAAUGAUUCAAAUCUUCUAGAAAAACUACUUGGAAAUCCUGAUUGGUAUGGACCAGGUAGUGGAAUCAUUAUAACAACUAGAGACAAGCAAGUUCUUAUUGCUAAUGAAGUUAAUUAUAUAUACAAAGUUGAGGCGUUAAAUUUUUGUGAAGCACUUGAGCUUUUUAGUUUGUAUGCCUUUCGCCAGAAUCAUUUUGAUGUGGAGUAUUAUAAACUAUCCAAGAGGCUAAUCAACUAUGCGCAAGGCGUUCCACUAGUUCUUAAAGUUUUGGGUCAUCUUCUACGUGGAAAAGACAAGGAAGUAUGGGAAAGUCAACUAGAUAAACUUCAAAAUAUGCCAAAUACAGAUGUUUACCAUGCAAUGAGAUUGAGUUAUGAUGAUCUAGAUCGCAGGGAACAAAAGAUUUUUUUAGACCUUGCUUGUUUCUUCACAGGAUUGAAAUUGAAACUGAACCACAUAAAAGUUUUAUUGAAAGAUAAUGAAAGAGAUAAUUCGGUGGCUAUUGGAUUAGAAAGGUUGAAAGAUAAAGCUCUUAUAGCCAUUACUAAAGAUAAUUUUGUAUGCAUGCAUAAUAUCAUACAAGAAAUGGGUUGGGAGAUUGUUCGACAAGAAUCUAUUGAAAAUCCUGGAAGUCGUAGCCGAUUAAGGGAUCCUGAUGACAUUUAUGAAGUAUUAAAAAAUAAUAAGGGAACUGAGUCCAUAAGAAGCAUAAGGGCUGACUUGUCGGUAACGAGGAAGCUGAAGUUAAGCCCUGACAUGUUUACUAAGAUGAGCAAACUGCGAUUUUUGUUUUUACCUAGUGAAUGUGAUCAAGAUGGCUUUGAUCUUCUUCCUCACGGGCUUCAAUCUUUUCCAGUUGAGCUAAGAUUUCUUGUUUGGACGCAUUACCCUUUGAAAUCCUUGCCACAGAGCUUUUCUGCCGAAAACCUUGUUGUGUUGGACUUGUCAUAUAGCCACAUUGAGAAACUUUGGGAUGGUGGAGAGCAGAAUUUGAAGAGUUUAAGAGACGUUAGAGUCUACGGUUCUAAAAACUUGAAGGAGCUGCCAGACCUUUCAAAAGCCUCAAAUCUUGAAGUAUUGGAUAUCGGUGAUUGUCCUCAGUUGAUUAGUGUGACUCCAUCUAUUCUCUCUCUCAACAAGCUCAAGAUAUUGAAGCUGGAUUAUAAUCCCUUUACCAAAAUUAUAAUUGAUGACAAUUUGGGCUCCCUUAGUUAUUUUUCCCUUAUAGGGUCUAAGAAACUGAGAAAAUUUUAUUCAGUGAAAUCAGAGAAUAUGAUUGAUGACAUGCAUAUAUCAUGCACUUGUUUCAAUGCAUUACCCUCAACUUUUGUAUGUGAAAGCCAACUUGAAACGUUAAGGAUAACAAAAAGUGACAACGAGUGCUUGUCUUCAAGAUUCAAGAAUCUUAGAAGACAGCGAUACUUGAAAGUUGCAAAUCCCGAGGAUCUUUCAAUGAUAGAGAGUGGUACUCUAGAUGUCAUAGAUUGCAAAUCAUUGAAGAAUGAAUUGUUUUCAUCAAUUGAUGAACAAUUUAAGGAAAAUACAAGUUACGUUGGCAUUCAAAAUUAUGAAGGAUUUGUCGGAGAAUCAGUAUUGGUGGCAUUAGAUGCAAUUUCACCAAGAACUGAAACGCUACUCGAUGACUCAGAACUUAGUGACGUCUUUUGUUGGCAAAUUGAAGAAGAUCAAUUAGUUGAAUUGGAAAAAGAUUCAAUGAAGUACUGAGUCCUUGGCAAUGGUUUGAGGAAGGUUCAACUUCGAGAAAAAGAGAGUAGGCAGUUACAUGUGACAUGCAAAUAAAGAUAGAUGUCCGUUAUUUUGUUAUGUCUUGUACAUUUGUACCACAUUUGUUAGGUCCAAAAGAAUUACAUCAAAUCUAUAUUGGAUGAAAGAUUUCUUUU